AUGUUCUGGGGCGUAUCUCCCGCCUUGGACUUGCAACAAGAAUACUUAAAUCACGGCGAUGAAAACGCUUACGAAUUGAAUUUCUUGGUCAUCGGUGGCUGUGAUGCGCGACAUCUUCUGAAGACCUUGGCUCAAGCCCACCGGCACACUAGACGGUACAUGAACCUGUUUGUCGUCGAUGGGUGCACAGAGCUGGUAGCACGACAACUCCUCCUGGUGUCCUUGGCUUUAGAACGGACCACGCGAUGCGGGCUACUCGAGAAGACACGCCAGUUCAUAGAAAUCUACGGAAACUUACUGUUGCGGCCUUCAACGUCAAGAUACCUGAUCGCCAAGGGCCGUCAGUUGGUCGGCAUGGUCACCAACCCAGACUACAUGAACUGUCUUCUCCCCUGCGUAUCAAUUGAGCAGAUGAAAUACCGCGAGCGAGAUUAUAUGGAGAACCUCUACAAUUUUUGGACGACGGGGAAUACUAAUCAGUUUAAUGCUGUUGAAUUGUGGGAGCACCGUCUGAGAAUGAGUCUUGCAAUGAGAUAUGACUGCAGAGCAGGUGUAUUUGACUGGGAUUACCACAUGCGUCUCAAGGAGGUGGCUAGUGCAAUCUGUGUCCAAGAGUACAAGCACUAUAGAGAGCAUGGGGUUGCUUUUACCUGGCUUGAAACAGAAGUUUGUCGUCCUAAUGUGAGUUUGGCAGCAGGUGUUUACAAAUGUGGCGAUAGGUACCUCCAUCGGGGGUAUUUGGGUGAUAUGGUGACGUCCCCCUACAUAGGGUACGGGUUGGAUUGUGAGGAUAAAGAUAUGCUGAAGAAUUCAAACGGGGUCAAUUACAAACGCAGUACAGAUCUAACGGAACGCAAUGUGAUGCGGAUGCUUUAUGAACUGGAGCAUCGAGAGAAGUUUGAUGUGGAAGCGAUGAGUUUGGACACUCAGCAGAAUCUAGGUAUGGUUGUUCUGAGUAACAUUGAUGCGAAGAUAUCGGAAAGCGGGCCUGAAGUGCCUCUGCUAUUGCGCGAAGACAGAGAGACCUACAUACCAAUGGAUUAUGGCAAGAUACACUUCUUAUCUCUGUCUGCCUUGGAGCAUUACCCUCACAAGCCUCACUUCCAAGGCUUGUUUCACGGGGUGUUUGUUGGCCAGAAUAUGUUGGGGCGGGUGAAGCCUAGCGUCUGGUCUAUGGCUAGAGACGAUGCAAUAGUUAUAAUGGAAACUAGGAAAUAUGUAGUGGAGUUAAAGAGAGAGGAUGUGAAGGCGUUUGGAGAUCAGAUUAAGCAAGCUGCAACCGCUGCUCAGUGCGAAAGGAUCCAGUCCUUUGAUCCUGAAAAAGACGAUUUCGCUAAGUUCUUGAUAAAAAGGAGAAGUGAUAGUAUCGAUCUCUCCACUUAA